AUGCCCAUUGAUUUAUACACGCCUAGAGAAUAUAAAAUCUAUCCCAAUGAGAAGACACUGUACGUAUCCUGGUACCUUCCAAGAAAAGAAAAGGAAAAGAAACCAAACGCCCUCCGGGAACAAGACCAAAAGCCCCACCGAUGUCGGGAGGGGUCGAAUGAAGACAACCCCAACUCUCCGACUAUCAAUCACCCAAGGACACUCUUUCCCGCGGAAUACUUCCAGUAUAUCCAAAUAAAUAGGUUGCAGACCCCCCACCUCCUCUCCAUACAUGUUGCGGAUCAGCUCUCGUGUUCUUUCCACUCGAAUUGCCCACUCUCAGCUUCUCUCAUCACCAACCUCUUCUUUCUAUCGUAUCCUCCGACCUCAACUCCCCAUCCAAAUCGUCACUAUGUCUGGCAUGACCCCUAUCUCCGCCGCCGGUGCUUGUCCUCCGUUGACAAGAUCGUCAAGGUCAAUGCUGCGGCUGACCGAGAUACUCGACAGGUUUUUCUUACUGAUAUGGCGAACUUCGCUGAGAUGAACGCCACAUAUGAGAAGUUUUUCACUCAUAAGCCCGCUCGUAGCUGUGUCGCUGUUGCCCAGCUCCCCAAGGGCGUGCCUGUAGAGAUCGAGUGCAUUGCUCUGGCCUAA